CACAUAUGGAUCAGAAAGCAUAUACAUGAUAUUUUCAAGUUGUCUAACCAAAAUACAUUUAGAAAGGCGUAAUUACGAAAAUUUCCUUUUAUUUUUAGGUAAUUGCAAAAACUAACCUCAAAACUCGUAUCUGCCUCUACUCAUCUAUUGCCCAGAAGAAAGAUGCAAAUAAGGGAAGUGACAAAUUAAAAAAAGUUCUAAUAAACAAAAGUUCCAUCUUGUUUUCGCGAAAAAAGUGAACAUCUUUCUGAUAUUUGUUGCAUCAAAUCUCCACUUUGGUCCUCACUUUCUCGCAUGGCUGACAAGAACGAAGAUCCAUCAGUCGAACAAACCCACCAAUCUCUACCCUUUCUCGAGGUGUUGUGCAAGACUUCUGGGAAAAUCAGGCGUUUUUCGAUCGGAACUGAAGCGGGUUUUGCUGUUAAUUUGAUAAACAAGAAGUUGAUGUAUGAUAGCGAUGGUGUUGAGAAUGUUGUACUGGCAUCCCACAUCGAGGCUGUUAAAGAAGGAAGAGUAGAUGAAGAGCCUGUUAGCUUUGGCCACAGUUCUAUGCUAGUCGAUUAUGGACCCGAUUGGAAGUUGCGAACUGCCCUUGAAUCGCAAGACCACAUGGGCACAAGAAGAGUGCGGAAAGCUUCUGCUAAGGCUACCAAUGAUCAUCGUUCAGUGACGAAAAAAGAGUCGGCUAUCAGCAUUCUCUACAUUGGGAAGAUAUUGCUUGCAUUUCUUCUGAUAUUUGUAAUCGGUGCAAUUUUCACGUUGGCUCUAGAAAAUCUUCCUCGGUUCAUCUUGUUUAUCAACUCCUCGGUGUAAUACUCGGCACAUGAAACUCGUGGCUAUCUUUUUCAUGUUUGCUGAAUACAGGCACUGUCAAUAGCUUUACUUAGGAUGUGAUUGGAUAUGUAUUUGAUUGGUUUUUUUUUUUUAAUUGUACUUCAUUUUGAAAAAAAAAAAUAGUAUGAUUAGUUGUUGGUGGGAAUUUAAGUUUAAAUGAAAUAAUAUUUAAAAUAAAAUAA